AGAAACGAGANCGAAUUCCUGCACUCGUGCUGCUCGAUCGUCGGCGCCGUCCUCGUCCCGUUGGCCGUCACCGCCCUCACGUGCCCUACCAUCGACACCUGCAGCGCCUCCUCUUCAUACGCCCGCCUCUCCAUCUCGUCCAUCCUCGCUUUCUUCUUCGCGUUCGCGAACAUCGCCACCAGCAGCAGCGACAGCAGCGCCGCCCCCAGCGCCCCCCCGAUCGAGCUCACCACCGCGAUCUUCCACUUCCCCACCUUCCCCCUCAGCGGCAUUAUCAGGUCCGGCCCGGCCACCACCACCAGCCCGAACCGGCCCGGACCCGCCGCCGCGCAGCAGACGUUGGGCCUCGUUUGGUUCGACAGCACAACCUCCCCGUCGUCACCAAAGCUGGCGCAAACCGGGUCGAGACCCGGUUUGGUCCAUUUUAAGGGCAACCCGCUGAAGUCGAUCGUGAUCAGGUUCUUUCUGGCCCGGAUUUCAACCUCGGGCGGAAUUGUGCUAAAGUUCUCGCCUUUGACGAGGCUAGGUCCAUUUGGGCCCGAGGCUUUGCCGGAUGAGGAUGACCCGUUCGGUGCAGGGACGGGCCAUCACGCCACUGCCCAAGUUGAAUUCCUUGAUUUUGGCGCCCCUUAUGAUGUCGACUUCUAUGCCCGAGAGGUUUUCAGGGAGAUGGAUGGUCUGCAGCUCCCCUGUCUUGGUGGAGUUGGCCGCGUACGAUCUGAGCGUGCGUGUAGAGUUGCGGAUAAGAGGAAAAACGUGAUGAGGGAGGAAAAGAGGUGGGUGAUACCCAUUUUAAUGGAAGGGUGGGCUAGCGCAGGACAUAAGGAGGUUGAGGGUAAUGAUACUUGGAGCAUGAAGUUAUGAUGAUGAUGAUGAUGAUAUACAAGUCAAAAGGGUUAAGUGAAAAGAGGGAUCAUGGCGUGCUUGGAUUAAUUAAUGCCCCUCCAAUUUAAUAAAACUUUUAAUUAUUUAUUCAUUUAUAUAUUGUUUGGGGGUGUGUUUGAUUAUAUGUCUCCCACUUCUCUUACUUUCCCGCUAGCAUGCAUAUAAAUUACAAUAAAAUUGCUCACUACAAUGGGGACCAGAUGUCCAUAUAUCUCUCUUUAUUUUUAUUUUUUUCAGACUUUUUCUGUUCUUCCUCUCCUUUUUCUUUUCAGUAAUUCUUAUUUAAAUCGGACUAACCACUAAAC